CGGAAUUUCCCUGGUUACACCACUUCCGCACAUCUUUGACCGAGCGAAGACUCAUCUUUAUCUGAGAGAUAACCAACUAGAGAAGCAUGUCUGGUAAGUGAGUAGACAGAUAUGGACAGUAAGGGCCCUUAUCGGAUCUAUGACCCAGGUGGGAACGACAGUCAGACCAAAGAGGACAACAUUAGCUACCAGCAGCUCCUGGAGGAGAACUCUGUCCUGAGAGAGCGUAUGAAAGGCCUGAAGAGUCUGGGAGAUCUUCUGGAGGAGUCCCAGACAGAGGCGUCUAAGCUUCGCAAGCGGGUGGAGGAACUGGUCAGGGACAACGAAGCUCUAAAGUCCUCUACCUCUGGUUUCACCUCUAGUGUGUGUGUGGGCACUCCUGUUCAGACAGAUACACAAGGGCACAGGAAGCAUCAUGGUCACCCCACUUCAGUCAGACCUGACCCUUGUGAGGGCUUGACUACAAAAUCCGUGCAACCCGAAACCACUGAGACCUCCUUGCAGUUAGAUCCGACGAACAUGGAGGACAAGACCGUUACCGAAAAUCAGACGGCCAGCGUUGUGCCCUUGCCGCAGGAGAACAUGGAGCUGGCGAGCCAACUGCAGAGGCUGGAGAGCUCCUUCAGUGUAUUCGCAGAGGAGUCCAACCCCAAUCAGCUCCUGGCGCACUUGGGCCGCAUGGCCGUCGAGUUCCACCACCUCUCGUCCAAAGUGCAGAAGAAUGAGCAGAGGACAUCGCUGCUGCAGACACUCUGUGAGCAGCUGAGGCGUGAGAACAGUGAGCUACGGAGGAAAAUGGAGGAGGACCUUCAGUAUCGAAAUCGGGACCUGGAGCAGCUGAGACAGGAGAACCUUAAGCUGAGGGAACUGGUAAAUGGCAGGGCGGGACCUGUUGUCUCGAGCGAGUCACCCGAGUCCAAAGAAGAUGCGUCUAAAGAGGAACCAACGAAAGCCAAACUGGAGACAGCUGUGACUCAACAGUCCGGCAAGGCUGCAGAGAAGACUCCAUCUAAGACGCUAGACCCAGAGGUGUAUGAGAAGAAGAUCAGACUCCUGGAGAAGCAGAGGAGAGAUGUGCUGGAGGUCAACAAGCAGUGGGACGUGCAGUGGAACGCCAUGAAGGCACAGUUUGAGCAGAAGAUCACAGACCUGCGGCAGCGACUGGCCGACUCCCAGAAGGCCGUGCUGGAGCUGGAAGCAGAGCGGGAGCAGAGACAGAGAGACUACGAUAAGAAACUGCUGUUGGCCAAAUCCAAGAUCGACAAUGUGCAGGGUGAAAAAGAGUGUUUGACAUCAGAGACGUGUGAACUAAAGCAGAAGGUGCGCUACCUGCAAGACCAGCUGCUGCCCCUCACCAAGCAGCGCGAGUACCAGGAGAAGGAGAUCCAGAGACUAAACCGGGCCCUGGAGGAAGCGCUGAACCUGCACUCGCCCACCUCGGGGGCUGGAAUGAAUCUGGGAGAGGGAGUGCUCAACCUGCGCCAGCAGGAACUCCACACACAGAUCGCUGUGCUCAAAGAGCAGGUGAAGAUCUUUGAGGAGGAUUUCCGUAAAGAGCGCAGCGACAGGGAGCGCAUGAACGAGGAGAAAGAAGACCUGAGGCGCCAGGUGGAGAGGUUACAGGGUCAGAUGACCAACCUGACCAAUCAGCUCCAUCAGGCGCAGAAUGAGUGUCAGAGAGAGAGGGCAGAGAGGUGUAAACUGGAGAGACUGCAAAUGCAACACAAUAAGCAGGAGGGGCAGCCAGAGAGAAGGACGUCUGACCCUACGUCGGGCUCGGCCAACGGCCCGCUGAGCCCACCCUACUGUGGCCCAUUUGUGCAGGUGGGCCACCAGGGCCUGGAGGGCUGGCCCAUCCACUUCCCUCCACGGAUGCCCACGCUGAGUGCAGCGCCUGGGAGAGACUUCCAGCCCGUCAACCCGGGUUUUCCUUGGCAGUCAUCAUUCCCUCAGCCCCGGGGUUCUAGAGGGCAGGCAGACCCAGCAAGAGCCCCACCAGAAAACGCAGAAACAGGUGCGGCUGGGUUCGGGAAGCGUGAGCGUCAGAACGUGGACCCCGGGAAGCACUAACCACCUCAGCCCCUCUCCACCGGCACUGGCUAGUAGCAUGAUGCAGCUUAGCUUUCAGUAGGCAUGGUGUGAUCUAUUUCUUUCCCCCCUCCUCCCUGUGCGUGCGUGCGUGCGCGUGUGCGAGCACGUGUGUGUGUGCGUGUGUAUAUAUCUCUAUGAUAAAUUGUUGUUUAUACUUAAGUUUUAUAAGCCUAUUUGUGAAACACUGUUCUGUCAAAUUCUGGAAAUAUAUAUACACAUUUAUUAUUUUACCUUUUUAAUAUUAUUGAGGUUUAAACUCUGCUUUAUAUACAGUACUUCUAUGCAGGAAUUGAAGUCGGUUAUUUAAUGAAUGAAAGGAUAAAAAAAAUUAAGACAAUAUACCUGCAGAGUUAAAUGAGGACCAGAAAAAUUGUUGUUAAAACUUUUAAAUGUUUAUUUACUAACAGAGAAAGAGUUAACUUCCUUGUAUUGACAAAUAAAUGGUAUGGUUAUUCCAAGCAACUGCAUUCUGCCACUGGGAUUUUUUUUUUUUUUUUUCACACCCAUAUGCUGAUUUUAUAUGUGAACUGAAGACAGAAUGUUGGAAUUUGACAGUCGUCCGGUAACUCUGUGGGUAAAUUGUCUUGAAAAUGUACUACAAUAGAAUGUAUCUAUUUAUUCCGUCGCCAUGGUUGCGAUGACUGGUCUUUCUUUUCCACACCCACGUACCAGUCAUGAGCGACUCUAAUAACCAUACACCCCUCAUUUACAAAAGCCAUACGCAACACUUCUCAAACCUUUCCAUGUUGGGACUUCAGUAUUAUCUUUCCACUGGGGGACUUGCAUGGCAAAGAAAAUGAAAGGAUCACGGUAAUGAUCUGUAUCCUAUCAUCUGUUAAGCCAGGAGUCAUGUGGUCACAUGAUUUUUCAGUUGGAUAACUAUCGUAAGUCUGCCAGUUUAGGGCCCAGUUAAUGAAUGCUGUUGAAGCAAUUUUUAAAAUGUUUUUUUUUUUUUUCUUUAUUAUUGUUCAUACUAGUUGUUGGUUCUGGAGUAUGUUCCUGCUGUUGCAAAUGAACAUGAUGGCAGUCAAAUUCUUUAAUAAUCAAUUUUUUAAAAUUGGUGCAGUGAUGGAGUGUGCUUCGUUGUCAUAGUGAUGAUGUUCUUGGUGUAUGGUGUGUGUGUGUCUCCCCUGUGUGCUGUAGCUGUUUGAAGAAGGGUGGUGAAAGUGAGUGUCUUGGUUGUUGUGCUGAUUCAAAUCCACAGAUUUGCCCCCCCCCCCCCUAAAAAAAAAGUACCUGAUUACAUGUGAAAGCAGUUUGUCCAACCAUUAAUCCAUCCAUGUAUCCAUGUUCUUGCUAUAUAGGGCAGACCAGAGGAGAGGAGCUCUUAUCCCAUAGCAGCUCAUUUAAAAGGCGAUUAGGUCCAAAGAUGGGCUCUCAGCUGGAUGACCCUACUGUAGUGUCGAUGGUCAAGUGUGAGGUUAGACAUGGUCCCUACGCCCUAGCUUAUGAGCAGGCCACGGUCUGCACUGUGUAGCGGCAGCGAUCACCCAAUUACUCUGAUGCGGUUGGCCACAAUAAGCAUUUUAACAAUCUGAAUUGCAAAAAUACCGUUUUUUUUUUGUGUGUUUUUUUUUGCUGAGAACAAAAUGCAGUGUUUUGUCUUGUGUAAAUAGAAGUGGGUUUGGGCAGGCCUUUCUAUAUGCUUGAGUAGAUCGAGCUGAGUGGAUUCUUUGUCAGUGCAUAGGAGUUGAAGUGUUCUGUGAGCUGAAUGGAACUUUGUUUUUUUUUAAUAUUAUUAUUUAUCACUGUAAUUUACUGGUUGGUAGUUUUGUGCUUUUGGAGUGACACCUCCCCUUCUCCUUCCCUGUCCCCAUUUCUCCAAUUAGGGUGAAAGCACAUCUCAUGUUAAUCUUUUGUAUUUGAUUAGCAGAAUAAAUAUAUUCUAAAUGUCCCAACAUCCAGAAUGUAUUCCAGAAAUGCUAAGAUUUUCCAGCACACGUUAUGUGGUUGAUAUGUCAGUACACAAUGCCUCGAUGUCUUUGAAACGUGAAGUUAUGUGGGACUUUGUAAUGCCUAGUAAGUAGGGUUUCCCCCAGGGGACUGCUUAGGCCAAAAAAAAAAAACAACCAACCAAAUAAAUAAUCACAUUUUUGAAUGCA